AUGGCAAACCAGAUCCAAUCGUUCUUGGAGACGAGCACAAUGGCACUGUGUAAAGAAGAGACUAUUCCGAUGACCCUGGACAUGCUGACGAGUAAAAAAGUGGAGACAAAUAAUCCUCAAGCCAGAUGCCUCCUCUCGACACUGGCAUCGGCCAUGUGCAGCCAACAUGCAUCAGACGUGGAAAAACUGCGGCAAGAACUGAAAAACGUACAGAGGGACAUGAAGGAUUUCAAGCAAGAGGUGACAAGGGUGAUCUGUAAAAUAGAGGGCACCCUCAGCUACAUGAUGGACGUGGUAACAAAACUUGAAACCAGAAGCAACCACGUGGAGCAGCGGCUGAGGGAAGAAGAAGACAGAGGCAUAGUACGGAACAAAGUACUCACAUUCUUGCUGCCGAGGGAGAAAGAACUGCGGGAGAAAUGUGCUGAUCUAGAGAGGAGGCUUUGGAGGAAAAAUGUCUAG